AGUGAAUGGCAGUGGUUGUGUGUAAGAGGACAGAAGUGGAAAAGCUGAAAGUUUGAAAAUAUGUUAUGGUCUGUUAUACUCAGUAUUGAGCAGCAGUAACACCCAAGUCUUUUGUUGUGAUCUGGUCGAAUCCCAGAGCCAGACAUGAGAGCUCUGGAGCCAGCUGGAGGCGUGAGGAGAUCUCUGGACUUCUCUCCAGCCCCAACAGUUCGCAGGGUGGAGAUCGAGCGUGGGAAAGCUGGAUACGGGUUCACCGUUAUUGGCCAAGCUCCCUGUGUCCUGAGUGGAAUCAUGAAAGGAAGCCCAGCUCAUGAUGCAGGCUUAAAGCCUGGCGAUUCUGUUCUAAGUGUGAACGGCACCGAUGUGUCAGGAGCCUCACAUGAAAAUGUGGUGGAGCUCAUCGGUUCAUCAUUACGCCUGCUCAGAUUGCUCGUCUCAUCAGAUGACAGACGUUCUGUAAAUUGUGUUUCAAAUUCCCUGGCUUCUCAGGCUAAACAAAAAGAAACAUGGUCAAAUCCAGGACAGAUGGACUCUUAUGAGGAAAUUAGAGGGGAGUCAGUGGCCAGUUUUAAUACCGUUUUGGACAUUUCAGGUCAGGCUUGUACGAAUGCAUCAAAAAAACAACCUAAACAGAGACCCAGAUCUGAACCAGAUAUGUCUUAUUGGUCUUUUCGAAGUCUGUCAAAACACAACCCGCAUGUACUUGAUCAGGAGGAACCAUCUCGUGUUGUGAGUAAAGACUCGGUUUUCUUAGACUUUCAGAGUCAGCAGGAUAUUUUACCUGACUCCAGUGCUCUAAACGUGGGAAUGGUGGUAGGAUACAUAAACUCCAUAGAACUGGAUCUAGAAAUUUCCCGCUCUGAAGAGGAAACCUUACGAGUCAUUCGGGAAUGCAUCACGCGAAUUGCGACUGAGCAGAAAACCCAUUACCUGGUCAUGAUGAAGGUCAAGUGCAAUUGUGUGCAGCUUUGUGAUGACAGGGAUGUGGUUUUGGCUGCGUACCCUGCCGAGAACCUGGUCUUGUGUGCAGUAUGUACCGAAGACAAUAGGUUUUUUGGUCUUGUCUCAAAGGAGGUGGCAAAAACCAAUUCAAAAAAAGCAGAGCAAAGCAGUUGCAUAAAGACAUCAUGUCAUGUCUUUAUCAUAGACCCAGAACUCUGUGACCACGAUGAGCAUAAAAGCAUCUCUGAUCACUUUGGUUUCUCGUGCACUGCUGACCCAGACACCCAGGGUUGUCUGGAGUUUCCCCACACACCAUUUUCAAUGUUAAAUUUUGUGUCAGUCCUCUACACUGACUUGGGAGACCAUAUUGAGAAACUUAGACUCAAACUGGACAGUGAGGAUUGUGACGCGCAGUCAAGCACACGAAACAGUGGCAGUGGUGACAGCGGGAUUGGAAACGUGUCUCCAGAGGAUCAGGAAAGCUUUGCUGACCGGUGGAGUCUUACAUCUCCAAACAGUUCCCAUACAAUGUGGGACAAACCACAUCCAUGUAUUUCCCAGCAGAGCAAUGGGCCAACCCUAAGGCCAGAGCGUAAAUGCCUUCUUGCGGCACCAUUCCCUGAUAUUUCCACUCCACAAAAAACUGCACCUACCGGGGAAGGGGUUUCAGGUAGUGCUCCAGUGAGUUUCAUUUCUCAGUGUAAGCCAUCACAACUGUCUGAAAAUAAGACCAAACGGAGAGGAAGUCAGCGCUGGCCCUCUGUUAGCAUCCGUGCUCGCUGGCAGAAACCUCGGCCUACCAGCUUUGACAGCCUGGCUGACUGCGAUACCAGUGGACACAAAGCUAAAAAUAGCACUUUACCACCGUCCAUGGAACAAAUCCCUCCACUGAGGUACAGAACACCUGGUGACCUCGCGUAUGAUCUGACCUUAAAACUGUUUAGCAGUGGAUCCAAGAAUAAGGAUGGAGAAAACAAGGGCUACAGAUUUUGGGGUCUUACUCGAGGAAGGUCAUCUGUUCGACAAACUUCAACUCGCACCAACCGACUCAGUCUGGCUCGUUCACUUGAUGACCUUGAGACAGCAGCAUCAGAUGGUGAGCGAGGUGGUAUGGCGCGGCAUGGCUUUGGAAGCAUUAACAGUUUGGAAAGUAACAGCAGCCUGCCCAGUGUCACCAACCAUCACACCCUCUCAGACCGCCGUGUAGCAGCAUGGGCUGUCUCAUUUGAGCGUUUGCUCCAGGACCCCAUUGGUGUGCGCUACUUUUCCGAGUUUCUGAAAAAGGAGUUUAGUGAAGAAAACAUUUUAUUCUGGCAGGCCUGUGAAUUCUUCAGCCAGGUUCCUGAACAUGAUAAAAAACAGCUUUCCCAGAAAGCCAGUGAGAUCUACAAUAGUUUCCUCUCUAGUAAGGCCACUACUCCAGUAAAUAUUGACAGCCAGGCACAACUUGCUGAUGAUGUCCUCACGGCACCAAGACCUGAUAUGUUUAAGCAGCCACAGUUACAGAUCUUUAACCUGAUGAAGUUUGACAGCUAUGCUCGGUUUCUGAAGUCGUCACUGUAUCAGGAGUGUAUGCUGGCCGAAGUGGAAGGUCGACCUCUUCCUGACCCCUACCAUGUGCCCUGUAGCCCUGCCCCCUCUAAACACAGCAUUAUCUCUGAGCGGUCCACUUUCUCCACCCCAAAAAAGGACACUCGGAAGCCUAGGACAGGCAGGUCGAGUGACGACCUAAGAGAUGACCCUGAUAGGAAAAACGGCAUUUUUUCCUGGUACAGAAACAGGAGCUUUGGUAAAGGUCCGAAGAAAAGAGAAAUAACAGAUUUCAAUUAUACUAGUAACGGGCGAAGGGAGUCUCAAGGGUCUUUGUCUUCUGGUGCCAGUCAGGAGUUCAACACACCCAGCGCCACAUUGAGAAAUGAGAGGAGCUCCACAUGGGAGAGAGACAAAACAGGGGCUAGCAGGUCAUGCACAGUGUCACUUCCCGAUGGCUCCAGCUGCUGUGUGUGUCUGAAGCAGGGUGCUUCCAUCAGACAAGUGCUGCUGGAGGUCUGCCAGAAACAAAGCAUCAACAUGGCUGCCGUCGAUCUCUUUCUUGUUGGGGGGGAGAAGCCCCUAGUAUUGGAUCAAGACAGCAUGACUCUCAGUUCAAGGGACCUACGAAUAGAGAAGCGUACUCUUUUCAGGUUGGAUAUGGUGCCUAUUAACAGAUCUGUGGGCCUUAAAGCCAAGCCUACCAAACCCGUCGCAGAGGUGCUGCGGCCUGUGGUUGCCAAGUACGGCCUGCGCCUUAACGACCUGGUGGCCAGAAUAAGCGGAGAGAUUGAGCCUCUUGAUUUAGGGCUGCCCAUAUCAAACCUUGACGGCUUACGAGUUGUCCUCGAGCGCUCCGAUCCAUGCUCUUCAAACGAAAAGUCCAAGACACUUCCCAAAACACAGACACCAUCAUCGACCAGCAGGGGGCAGUCAACACUGGGAGAUCACAAACCAGCUGAAAUACCUGUUAAGGGAGAUGGAGGAGAUAAAACCUCAAUCAACGAAACACCCCAGAAAAAGAAAGGCAAUAAGUUUCAUCUGGAUGAUGCUGAAGAGUUCUUUGAGUUGCUGAGUCGUGCUCAGAGCAGCCGUGCUGAUGAUCAAAGAGGUCUGCUGAGAAAAGAGGACCUGGUACUCCCUGACUUUCUGCGUCUGAACCCUGAGCCCAGUACACCUCCGUCCUGUUCCACUCCCACCUCCCAGAAACAUGGUCACGGCUCAUUGCAGGCCCCAACCAUCACCCCUAAUGGACACAACCCCAAAGCUGGAGACGAGACAGACCGGCUUGCCCCUCCCCUCUCCCCCAUCCUCCGUCCACAAGUGCCCCCUGGGCCGGACGGUGAGGGACUGUGUGACCUCACUUUGGUGGGUGAGGGAGAAAUCAGCAGUCCCAACUCUACCCUGCUGCCCCCUGUGCCAACCUGCUCACCCCCUCACGAUGCCAACAGCACCUCUCCAUCGCCGCCUUCCACCCACAGAAACCCCAGCUCAGGUGCAGUGGAUGAAAGCAAAUCUGCAGUGAGCGACCAGCAACCGACAGAAACACCAAAACAGAAAGAUACACCAGUAUUUUUGCCAAGGACUGAUGUAGACGGUGUCUCUCAGGAUGAUAGCUUUGAAGGGUACGCAGCUGAGCUCCGUCAAUGCCAGAGCAAAAUGAGGAAUGGACCUUACUCGUCUAUCCAUCCUCCACGUCCUCUCAGCAAUGUUUCACAUGGCAGCCAAAAUAACACAACACAGUACAAAGCUACAUUUGUAUAAAUGAUAUUGUGUAGAGAUUUCUGUGCUAGAGCAGAAAGAAUAAAUCAAUGUAAUUGUGUACAAGUGUAUUUUGUAAUGAUAAACAUUAACUUAUUAAAUGAUACAAUGAAAGCUGUGAUUUAAAAAUUUCAAUCAAAUAAAAAGAAACAUUAUUUAACUUUAGGCUCACUGAUGAAGUUACAGACACAACCAGUGAACCUGCUUCAAAUGUUAAAAGUGACUGAUAAAUAAAUAGUUGGGGAAUAGUAAAUAAAAGUUA